GAUACCAAGCCGCAAAACCAAGGGAGGGGAUGAGCCACCACCACCACGCUCUGCGUGAUUAAAAGGGAGUUCGUUCCUCGAGUCUGCGAGAGAGCGACCUUAAUGAAAACAGAGCCGCCUUCCAUUGCCUCCGAGGGCACUUAGCAACUGCUCGCGCGCCGCGUGCUCUAGACAGAGAAAAGUGAACAGGCAAGGAAACAAUCAUGUAUGUACUUUAACAUAUACAUGCCAACACACACACACACACACGUAUAUAUCUAUGUGUGUUACAACGGGCGAUAAAAUUGACCGAGCAUGGGACCACUGCUGGGCUCUAUGAAUGCGUAAAUCGCAGGCGCUGAAUGGAUGCGCGUCUUUGUCGGUGGGCGCUCCGGGCCACCACGGCCAGAAUGGUGUCAUCGCCUUGAAGACCGCCCCAGCCACCAAUGUUCUUCAUCAGAAGCAGCAGCAGCAGGAGCAGCAGCAUCAGAGCCCCAAGCCGAACGGCCUGGGACUUCUUGUCUUCACCGCUGGACGACGACGAUCUUGAAAUUGAACAUACUCAUGCCGGCGGUGUCUUCAUCAUUAUCACCACCACCACCACCACUGAUCGCCACCAUAAUCACCAUCAGCACCAACACCAUCAUCAUCAGCAGCAGCGGCGGCGGCAUCAUCAAUGCACCAGCGUGAGUCUGUAAGUCGAGUCCCAGAGUUGGAUUCCUGAGUCAAGUCUGCGCCUUAUCGCUCCAUGGGGACCUCGGAUCAGAGAGACCAUCAGCCCAUCCCGGAGGCGUCCUGCAUCACCUCUGCCCGUCUUCCACGCCACGCGCUGCUGCUGGUGCUAAUGAUGCUGCUGCUCUUGCCGCUGCUGGUCGCGCUGUGGCAGGCGUAUGGAACAAAUGCUCAGACGACGGGUUCGAAGGACACGGACGUCGGAAGCCACCCCUCCCACAGCAACGAAGAUUUCUUAGCGGAUGAAAGCCUGGGGCUUGGCACAGACUACGAGCUGGUCCACCCGGUCGAGGUUGACGCCGACGGCUCCGUGCUCGACCCUUCGUCCGGCCGGCAGAAGCGCUCGCUGGGGACGUCCGGAGGCGAAGUCCUCCUGCGCUACCGCCUCCUGGGAUCGGGCCAGGACUUGAGCCUCGAGCUGGAGCCCUCGCCGUGGCUGCUGGCGCCGGGCUUCACCGUGACGGUGCUGGGAGACGGAUCGUCGUCGUCGUCGUCCGGCGCUGCGGUCCGACGGGUGGACGUGUCGCCAGCCCAGAGGAGCUGUCACUACCAGGGGAGGCUCCGCGGGAUGGAGGGCUCCUCCGUAGCCGUCUCGACGUGCGACGGGCUGUCCGGAUUGAUACGCACAUCGACGGGGGAAUAUUUCAUAUCUCCGCUGCCCGACCACCUGGCCCGCAAGCACAACAUCAGCCGGCCGGCGGCAGCGGCGGCCGCGCCUCCGCACGUCCUCUACCGGCGCGCGGCCGAGCGGCGAAUGUCGGCGACCGGGAGGCGACGAGCAGGAGGAGGACCUCGCGACGCCGGCGACGACGGCGGGGAUGGACGCAAGCGGCACUACUGCGGGGAGGCACGGAAGAAAUCCUCGCCCUCCAUGUCUCCUUCCCUCGACCCCGCGUUCCGCGUCCGUCCGGACGAGUACCCUCGCCCCACCACCGCGGCGGCGGCGGCGGCGGCCGGGCGCCAGCGCCGCGGGGCGAGGAGUCGGCGCUCCCCGGCACGCAGCGGCGGCGGCGGCGGCGGCGGCAAGGAGCUCACGGUGGAGACCCUGGUGGUGGCCGACAAGCGGAUGCUGCAGCGGCACACGGCCGACAACGUCACCACCUACAUCCUCACCGUGCUCAACAUGGUGUCUACGCUGUUCAAGGAUGGCACGAUCGGUAGCAAGAUCAACAUGGUGGUGGUGGGGCUCAUUCUACUGGAGGAAGAUCAGCCGGGCCUCGUGAUCUCCCACCACGCCGACCAGACACUCAGCAGCUUCUGCCAGUGGCAGGCCGGGGUAUCGGGCCGCAACGGUGCCCGCCACGACCACGCCAUCCUCCUCACCGGCUUGGACAUCUGCUCCUGGCAGAACAAGCCCUGCGACACUCUCGGCUUUGCGCCCAUCAGUGGGAUGUGCAGUAAGUACCGCAGCUGCACGGUGAAUGAAGACUCUGGACUGGGAGUCGCCUUCACCAUCGCUCAUGAGUCAGGACACAACUUCGGCAUGAUACACGACGGCGAGGGCAACGCGUGCAAGAAAACCGAGGGCAGCAUCAUGUCGCCGACGCUCGCCGGCAACAACGGCGUCUUCACCUGGUCGGACUGCAGCCGCCAGUACCUGCACCGCUUCCUCAAUUCCCCACAAGCCGCCUGCCUGGCCGACAAACCCAAGACCUCCGUGCCCUUCCGCUUCCCCGAGGAGCUGCCGGGCCAGCUGUACGAUGGCGACACGCAGUGCCGGUGGCUGUUCGGUACCGUCGCGCGCAUGUGCUCUGAGGGCAAGCGGGACGUCUGCAAGGCGCUGUGGUGUCACCGAGACGGGCGGCACUGCGAGACCAAGUUCCUGCCGGCAGCCGAGGGCACCGCAUGUGGCAGCAACAUGUGGUGCCGUCGCGGCGAGUGCGUGCGGCACGGAGAGGAGGGACCCCGCGCGGUGCCGGGGAACUGGGCGCCGUGGGCCGGGUGGAGCGAGUGCUCCCGCACGUGCGGCGGCGGGGUGACGCGUCGCGAGCGCGUCUGCAGCGACCCGCGACCCGCGUACGGGGGAGGUUACUGCGAGGGCCCGGGCAGGAUGUACCGCAUGUGCAACGUGGACGCGUGCCCCACGUCAAGCCCGGCGUUUCGGGCGCAGCAGUGCGCCGAGUACAACAGCAAGCCGUUCCGCGGGUGGCUCUACAAGUGGAAGCCCUACACCAAAGUGGAUGAGCAGGACAUCUGCAAGCUGUACUGCAUGGCAGAGGACUUUGACUUCUUCUUUGCGCUGGCGAGCAAGGUGAAGGAUGGCACGCCCUGCGCGGAGGGCAGCACUGACAUCUGCGUGGAUGGAGUGUGCGAGGAGGUCGGCUGCGACCAGACCCUGGGCUCGGGGGCUGCGCUGGACGCGUGCGGCGUCUGUAACGGGGACAACUCCUCGUGCCAGGUGUUCCGGGGGCACUACACAGCCCAGCACCACGCGGACGAGUACCACACGGUGGUCGUAGUCCCUCCCGGCGCGCGGUGGAUCCGCGUCUUCGAGCUCAGCAUCUCGAGCAGCCUGCUCGCCGUGCGGACGGCUAGCUCCAGACACCAGGGUCCCCCCGCCUCCUCCACCUCCUCGUCGUCGUCUGGCUACUACCUCAAUGGCGCGCGCAUCGCCACAUGGCCCGGGCGGCUGCGUUUCGCCGGCGUAACCUUCGACUACAAGCGGCCGUACAACCGACCCGAGAGCCUGAGUUCGCCGGGACCCACCAACCAGACGCUGGUGUUUGAGGUGCUUAUCCAAGGCCGGAAUCCUGGCAUCGGCUGGGAGUACACGCUGCCCAAGGACUCGGAUGGGCCCGGCACUGCCGGCAAGCCGAGCGGCCGCAAGCACAGCCACGCGUGGGCCCUGUCACGCUCAGAAUGUUCGGCUACGUGCGGCGGAGGGCAGCUGCAGACGCGUGGCGUGUGCCUGCGAGACCGACGGACGCAGGUCAACGGCUCGUUCUGCGACGCCAGGCAGAAGCCGGCCACGACCACGCACACCUGCAACCACAACCCAUGUCCUGCCAGCUGGUCUGCAGGAGAGUGGAGCGCGUGCAGCGUGAAGUGCGGGGGAGGUCAACAGACGCGCGCCGUCGCUUGCGUCCGUGCCGGGGCAUCGGGAACUCUCCCCGCCGACGACUCGGCGUGCCCCGCGCCAGCGCCCGCCAAAACGCGAGCCUGCAACCCACAGGACUGUCCCCCGGCCUGGGUCAUGGGGUCCUGGUCUCAGUGCUCCGCGACGUGCGGGCCCGGCGUGCAGCGGCGCUCGGUGUCGUGCGGCGAGCGCGACGCCGGCGGCGCCCUGCGCGAGUCGCCCUCCCGCCGCUGCCGCCAACUUCCCAAGCCUCCCGCCAGCACGGAGAGGCCCUGCCGGCUCGCGUCGUGCCCCGCCGCUCCUCCUCCUCCUCCUCGCCCUCCUCCUCCUCCUCCUCCUCCUCCUCGUCCCCCUGCUGCGCUGCCCCGUGCGCUGCCUCGGCCGGCCGAGCGGCAGAAACUGGCGGCGCCGCUGGGGGCCUCGGCGGACAAGGCGGUGACGAGCAACGCCAUCCCGCAGUGGGACUCUGCCACGUGGUCGCAGUGCACGGUGAGCUGCGGUGGCGGCGUGCAGACGCGCGCGGUGCGCUGUGCGUCUCAGGGUCACCCGGCGCACGGGUGCCUCCCCCACCUAAGGCCGCCGAUGUCCGCGGCCUGCAACACUCACUUCUGCCCUCACGACGCCUCCCUGCCCAACACAGCGGAAGACUCGGGCUGCCGGGAUCAAUUCGGCUGGUGCUCGCUGGUACCCCAGCACGGCAUGUGCAGCCACAGCUUCUACGGGCGGCAGUGCUGCCGCUCCUGUGCCGGAGCCAAUAACCACUUGCAUCGGUGACCCCCCCCCCCCCUUCCCCCCACUUCUUCACAUCCCCCCUGACACCAAGCGCCUCGCCGAUCCCGUUAUUAAGCCCCACCCCCCCCUACUCUCUGUCCAUCCUGAAUCCGGGAGCCUUCAACAUUUAAUAUUGUCAGCCAACUUUGCUGCUGCGUGGCAAAGGUGCAAAUGUACUCGUGUUAUGUGUCCUGUGUAUACGUCCACGUGUGUGUGCGUGAGGGGGGGAGGGGGGGCAGGGGAGGGGAGGAUGAUGGCACAGUGGUUAGCGCAUUGUGUGCAAAAUAGCCCAGCUGGCCUGAAUGAAGUUGGAUUCCUGACCGUGGCUAACAUCGGUAGCAAGCGUUAUUAGGACUUGUCCUGGGCCGCUCCUAGGUCAACUCGGCCUUAAGUGAGUACCUAGUGAGGAGUGUAAACGUUAGAAUUCGGGAGACAAAUGCGGUCAAUCACGGGGCUGACUGGCAACUCGUUGUGCGCCAUCCCAGCCGACAAUAGGUGCCCGCUACCAGCACUUGUCACUUGGGGGAUCUCCUGUCUCCGUGAGGUGUAGUGGUGGUGGCUAUCACACUCUGCUGUGAUCGUUGUGAACUCGGUUUGAUUGCUUGACCAUGAACCAGGUGCAAUCUGGACCAUCCCGACAUCGACCCCCCCCCCCCCCCCCCCCCCCGGCUCGAGAUUGACUCAACAUUAAGUGACGAUCCGGUUUGGUGUGUUACACGUAAACACUGGGGAGACAAAGGUAGCCAGGGUUGGUGCUGGUCACAUCGCCCCCUCGUCUGUUUGCCAAUAUCAGUUUUAGUGGGGCGUUUCCGUAGCAGACACUUUCUCCGAUGUUCUGCGGGGGGGCUGAACAGCACGGGUCUUUCUCGUGCUCGCGCGCGUGUUUACAGUCAUCAUUGCUGGUGCUCAAUGAAUGGAAUUACACGCCCGGUGCUCCAGUGCAAAAUGAAGAGGACAUUGUGGUGCGAUAAUACACAUCCCUAUUGGGUGACCUCGCACCUCAUCGUUCCCAAUGUCUGGACCCAUCUCCUCUACCCAACCUCAUGCAAAUGCGGCACUCAUUUAUUAUUUUCUUCUGUCACAAGGUUCUUUGAUAAUUAUGCUGCAAUGUGAGGAUGAUGAAGUUUUGCCAUUGUUGGUUUCAGCAGUUUCUUUUGUUAUGGUUGACGGGAGAUUCUCGUUGUUAGAUCGUAAAGGACCGUUGGUGGACUCUUUGGGCCUUUCGGUAAAGUCACUGAGACCUUUCUUUAGAGUUGGUCCACACCAAAGCUACUUUCUCUCAACUCAAACAAAGCAAUGUCUUUUCAGUUGACAAUCUCUUAGCCAUGAUUUUAAAUUCCACAUUUCUACGGCAUAUGCCCGUCUCUCCAUAGGAUGAGCAAUGCUGACUUCUGACAAGAGUUGUGCAUAUUUUAUUUAUCCAAGGGGGAAUGGGUUGACCCCUGAAUGGGAUUUGAAUUCUGCACCUCCAAAAUGCUCUGACCUCAGUGGCAGUAGUACAAUAAUUAUUCAACUACACAUUGUCAAAUUGACUCGUGAUUAUAAAUGUAGUGUAUGUUGGUUAGAAACCUCCUCGCCAGAACCUCACUGUCCAGAAGGUCCACGAAUAUAUCUCAUACAUCAUGACCCCAUCAUCUUAGCAAGACUAUCUUCAACUAAUGACAACACACUAAACCACCAAGGUUGACUUGUAUCUAUACUCUUUGGUUCUUUCGGUAAAGUCAUGUAGGUGAAAAAAUAAAUAAAAAAAAUAUAAAAUAAAAAUAAAAAAUUGAAAUAAAUAAAUCACGACGUUUUUAUUUUUAUUUGAUAUUUUAUUUAUUAUUUUUUUCACCUACGUGACUUUACCGAAAGAACCAAAGAGUAUGGAUCCUUGCAGUCACGAAAACUUGAAAUCUAUAAUUGACUUGUAUCUCCCAAUAAGCAGCUCUGGUCUCUUAGUCAACGUAAAUACCAUUGCAGUUCAAAUAUAGUCUUCACAUCUUACUCCAUGAACUGGAGCAGAAAUUGUGUGGCAAAAAUUUAUAGGCACCAACAUCCUUCUGUGGGCAAUUAAAGCAAAUGUACAUGCGCCUGGCUGUAUAACUAAUCUGGCUAAAUAGGCAUUGAAGACACUCACUUUUCCUUUCUGUGCUAAAGCCUCUUAACUCCAAACAAUUAUUACAUCUAUAAAAGAGCAUACAUUCGGCCUACUCUGUAAUAUUGUCAUGUCUGCGUUGGAGCACCCAGUUCCGAUCUCACUGCACUGGAUAGAAUUCAACGUAAAGCAGGCGGGUUGACGAAUGGCCCAACACUCGCUGAUUCACCCCAGUCAUUAGCUCACCGGCGGUCAGUUUCGUUCUUAUAAAUCAUCUGUUGCUACUUCCGCGAUUACCGUUAAUGUGUUUUUGACAUUGUGGGUCCUUUGGGUCUCUGCUCAGCAAUUGUGUAAAAAAUAUACAUUGGAUAUGACAACCGACCAGGGGUUGGCAACCAAAUUAACAAGAAGAGCAGUUAUUUUCGAAUUCGGUAAAAAAACCCCGAAAUAUUUGAAGAGCCGCCAAUGCACUGUGUGGCGAAUCCGAGACGGUGGUCCUGAAUAAAAAAAACGGUCACGAAGCAGCAGCCCUUAAAGAGACGCAUGCGUCUCUGGAGCUGCAGGUUGCCAACCCGGAUUAUAGACCUUUACAAGAAGCACAUUAAAGUGUUGCCACCGCCGAUGACACCAAAAUAUUUAGUCUGGGCCAGACACAUGUCUGCAUUCAUUUGCUGCGUGAUGUGCAUAUGCUGUGAUAUCUGCUUUGAUUGAUGAGGACUUGAGAAAGUUUUGGAACAUUUCCCAGAUGGUCAACAGCUGCGUGUGUGUAUUACAUCAGUUGUGUCAUCAUUAUUUGCAAGUUCAUUUUUUUCGUAGGAAACAAACUCCAGGAAAGUACAAAACUUGCAGCCCUGCAAGUGAUUAUUUUAUGCCAUUCCUGCACGAAGGGCCUCAAAUCGAGGGAGCUCUCAAAUCGAGGGGAGCUCUGUUUGAAGCCAACACAUUUGAGAGUCACCCAUUCUUUCAACUGCCACGCCAGGAGAUCAUUGCUCCACCAUCAUUCCAUGACAUUGGUUCGUCCGUAAAUAUGCCGGUGUAAUAGGAGGCAUGGUGUGUCCUUUUCUUCAAUUUGACUUCAUCACAAUGACCAUGCAGAGUAAUAGUAUUCCCUUGCUUCUCAAAUCGAUAACAAAUCGAACUCAACAUCCUCAUUAAUCGUAGGGGGAGUGCCCGGUUUUUUGUUGCGCGUAGGUGAACGCUCGCCCGAGGGAUUCUGCCUUGUGAGAGAAUGAAUGAACGUGUACUGAGAUUAACGAGAGAAACUAACGAAAAAAAAGGGACUGUUAUGGUCAGCGGGCAUGCACAAAGCGAGUGUGAGUGCAUUCUUUAAGAGGGGCAUUCGAGUUGGCUGCAAUGUGAGCAGACAAUGAGGCAACUGAGACAAGUGGACCACGGUGGAGCGGUGACAUCGACCGAGCUGACGCGAUGUGUUCAUAAAUUAUCUCGUUUCUGUCGUAUGGAAGUUACACGCAAUGAUGGGUUACCAAAAAUGACUGUGGGGUGUCGGGAGAGAAUGAAUUGUGCACUUCUAAAGAGCAACUCCCACGGCAAUUGUUGAUUUAAAAAAAAUGUAUGAGCACAAUUCCUAUGCAGUACUGUGGUAUGUACUGUGCUGUGCGUGUGGGUGUUCAAAGCCCAAGAUCGGGCCUGCUGACUUAACUAGCCUCAGCUUGACUCGUGUGUGAAUACUGGUCGUGUUGGUUGUAAGGUUACAUUUUAAAUGUUUAAAGGUUUCAAACUGCAUUAUUUGUCUGUUAUAAUUAUGUUAAAGAAAACAAGUGUAGCAAUUAUUUAUAUUUAAUUGAACAAAAAAAACUAAUAGCCUCGAGCAAACCAAUGUUUAUUCGAAGUGUCAAGGCUCAAAGAGCCAGAGUAGCCACACACACUUCCAAACUUGUCAUCUGGGUCUCAAAGCAAACACUCGAUGACUUAUCGUGAGGAAUGACCAUCUUUGAUGUUAAACACAGGCUCCGUAAGAGCUUCCUAAAAGCCAGAUUAUACUGAUGUCUCGUGAAACCACAUCUAUAAUGCAGAUGACUUUCCUUUUUUAUAUAUAUAAAAUGGAGGAGCUUUUGAAGAUUGCUCUUAAAAUCGUUUGUAAAGGGUCGUUUGGAUUUCAUUUGUAAAUAAAUGAUUGAAUGAUGUAGAUUA